AUGUCCGUGCAGAACGACGUUGCUCCGCAGCCUGUGCCCGCGCUCCCCUCGCCGGUGUCGAUCUCGUACGGCCCGUUCCAGCCCAUCUCGCCAGACGAGCCGCGCAUCCCGAUCGAGUACAUCGGCCCGCCCCUCGACGACUUUGAACUCAAGGCCCCGGAGCCCAAGCAGGCGGUUCGUCCUCACAUCCCGGGUGUCGACGGCACCGUUGACGCCAUCAAGGCGUAG